UGUGCAAUACAAUGUGCUCGUGUCCAUUCUUAGUAGUUCUUAGUCCACUGGCUGGCUGCGCCACAUGCCAUUGAUAAGCUUACAAUAUUGUACAGUCCCCUAGAUCUUAAUCCACCCCGAGUCGAGCUCAAGCCUAAUCUCCCAAAAACACCAUGGCCACACCAUCAGAUGCCAAACCAACCUACAUUUACAAGCUCGUUUCCUCCUCAGCAGUCCCACCAGAUCCCCUCCCCGAUCGGCUCCCCGUGAGCGACCUAGACCAGACAUCUGGCUUCAUCCACCUGUCCACCGCACGUCAAAUCCCCAAUACACUCAAAUUCUUCUAUAAAGACGAGGACAGGGUCUACGUCCUCCGCAUCCCUUACGACCCUGUCGAGAAGAACAUCAAGUGGGAGGACCCAAAGGCAGAGGCGUGCGGCCCGCGCGGAGGGGAGGGCAUGUUUCCACAUCUCUACAACGAGUUCAAGCUGGGCAAUGACGAGGUGGAGAGCGUGCAGUCUUGGGAGAAAGGGCCUGAUGGAUGGGACUCGGCUCUGCAAUCAGCACAGGCAUGGCUCGCCUACUGAUGCAGGAUAUUGUUCAUGAAAUUAUGUAUAUCUGAUGCGUUAUUGCUCCAAGACCUUCAACAGGCUGCAGCUCCAAACGUUAAAGAUGCUUUGAUCUGGCUAUGUACAUAAUACAAAU